AAUCCUCUUGUAGGAAAGCUGUAAACAACCUUCAGUACUCAUUCUGAUCCACCGAUUCUAAAUAAACUCCAAAUAUUGAUACGGUCAGUGUCUUUUUUGGUAAUUGGAUAAAACGUUUGGAAACAGAUAUCAAAAAUAGAACAACGAAUGGUCAUUUGAUUUUUGUUUUCAGCUUGAAAACAAGCUGUAUUCAAGUUUGUUUUUUCUAUUUUAAAACAAAAAUCAAAUAACCAGUCAUUAUUGUGUUUUUGAUACCUUUUUCCAAAUGUUAUAUCCAAUAACCAAAAGGGACACGGACGUAAUACAAUCAGUUAUCCAACAUCCUCAAUCAGGAGAAAAAAUUAAUGAAGUAAAAAAUCUGAUGACUCAUACAGUAUCAAAUUGUUGUAAUCUAUGUUGAAAUUCCUGAUUUAGGAGCGACAUUAAUGUUGCAGUUCAUGUUUCCCCUCAGAGGGGGCGCUGGUGAGCCACUAUCAAAUAUUUCCAUCAAAGAAGAAGAAGAAGGAGUUUACUCGUUGAAUGACAGUGGAGCAAAGUUUACACUUUUUACUGUUUGUUUCUGGACUUUGGAGAACCGUACUUUACUCAAGAGAGGAGUCGGAUUGUUUCUGUGCCCGGACUGACAGCUUCGCCCUGUAAAAAUGCGGGACCGGACUAAAGAGUUGGGAAAUGUGAGUUUGGGAGUAAAGUGCUAACGUUAGCAGUUGAGUGCUAACCCGCUAACUUGGCUAAAGUCAGUCUGUUCAGUUUGAGAAGUUUUUCUGUCUUUGACAACCUCGACUGAGAGAGUAAACUUCUAAGAGCAGUAAAAGGACAACUCUUUGACUGUUUAUCUGAGUUAAUUUGAGCUUUAGUAACGUUUUGUUCUGCGGUUUCCGCUCCAGCCCUUUGGCCGUGAAGGAAGCGUCAGUCCGGGGAGAGGGCGGCAGCUGAGGGGCUGUCAGUGGAAAAAGAUCCAUUUAAGACCCCAAAACAGCAGAGAAAUGAGAUAAAUACUAAACUCUGACCUCUUUUCUGUGUCGGUGCGCAGCAUGCAGAGGCCUCAGAUGAGGAGGAUGAAGGCAGAGCUCUGAUGAUCAAACCUGGAGCCUCUUCAGCCAAAGAGGAGAAGGAGAAUGAAGCUUUCCUGAAGAAGGUGAGAGAGAGAGAGAGAGAGAGAGAGAGAGAGAGAGAGAGAGAGAGAGAGAGAGAGAGAGGGGGGGGGGUCCUCUUCAUCAGCACACUCACACUAACGAACCAGGCGGGAUUUAUUUAAAGGGAUAUUCCGGGAUAUAAAAUUAAUUUAGGGUCAAACACACCACAAUACCACGUUAGACACCCCCUCGAGUGAUCAUAAAUGUUCUUCCUUGAGCUGCGUCACCCCGCUGUAGUCUGUAAUGGACUGGCCUUAGGUCUCACUACAAACAAGCGUCUGCUGGAAGAGAGUAGGUGAGUUGAGUUUAGUCUCUUUGCUGACGAAAUGAGUCAAAGUUAAAAAGAUGUUUGGUGUCUAGUACUAUGGCUGUGACCCUAUAUGUCCUGUUGAUGAAGUUAGGUGCUGUUCUGAGCAUUAUCUGUGGUUAUAGAGUGGCGUUUUGGUUGAGGUUUUUCUAUGGUUUCUCAGACUGCUCUGUAUUGCUAUCCUGCGGUCGUUACUAAAGUUGGUAAAACAAGAGAAGUAAGCGGUCAGCAACAUUCAUCUCUGGAGGGGGUGUCUAACUCUGUGUUGACCCUAAAUUGAUUUUACACCAGAAUAUCCCUUUAACUUGUGUCUUUUUUUUAUCACCUACAUUCAACUCUUCUCUUUAAACUUCUGCACUCAUGUUUAUUCUGUAAACUCACAGAACGGUUUCAGCCUGAUCUGAAACUUCUGAACUUCUGUUUUGGCAACAUCUCAGUCUCUGUUAAAUCCUCUGUCCUUGUUCUGAGCUGUGAGGACUCAGCGUUAUCUCUGCUGUCCGAAACACUGAUUCAAACGGGUCAAUUAUUAAUCAAACUGCAGUUUGGUCGACAGUAGUCUGAACCCUCUGGAGCUGCAGGAUCUACACACGUGUGUUUUAAGAGAGGGUCCUGACCCCCCUGUGGUGACACCAGGAGGUGGGAAGAAGAGAGUUACCUGGCACAAAACUAGGAGGAAAAAUAGUUCUAUUUAACAUUAACAUUUCUAUUUAAAUCAUCAUCUCUUAAUUAAAACACACACCUCUCGAGCCAAUCAGGAUGAAGCAGCUGCUUUGAUUGAGCGACACUGAUAUAAGUUGCUGUACCAGGUACUUACCCCUUCAUACAUACAUUGACUUGACAUGGCAAAGUCUGGAAGCUCCUAAUUCAUACAAAAAUACUUAUUAUACCAGUAAAAACCAAAAGAAGAAACCUUUUGUCAUGUCGGCCUGAACAUUAUACUCUACAGAACUGAAGAAAAGUUAAGUAUACUGUAUAUUAAAUGUAUUUUUCUCAUCAUAAACCAUGUUUUCAUUGCAGUUCAUUUCCGUCUCAUUCAGCCUUCAUCUUCAUAUUUCCAAACUAAUUCAACAAAAGUUUUCAAAAGUCAUGGUAACAUUCUGAGAUGGCCUCUGCAGUCCAACCAGCGAUCAAAAAACCUCCAAAUCAAUUUAGAAAAUAUUAAAAAAAACAAAAUCUCCAGUGUAAGAAAAUCAAAAAGAGAAAUCAAUCAAAAUUUGUUGACAUCAAUAGUAAAUAAUUAUUACUUUUAAUUGUGAUUUUGAUGAUAAACUUUGAAACGUCUUCUCCACUUUUAGAUGCAAGAAAUCCACGAGGCGCUGAACAGCCUCAAACGUUUGGUGUCUGAACUCGAGAACAAGCAGAAGACGGUGCUGGGCGUGGCGCUGCCAGAGGAGAGUAAGUCUGACCCUCGAGAGCAUCAGUCAGUCUGGGUUUACAGAGGAGGAACCAAAUCUGACGAGUCAAUAAAGAUAGAGACUGAAUUUAGAUGUUGAGAUGUUGAAUAUGAUCAUUUUUCUCUCCUCAGGUAUGAAGAAAGAUCUGCAGACUCUUCGAGACGAGAUCAAAACAUUGGCGGCUAAAAUCCAGAGACAGCUCAAAAGUGAGUAACAGUGUAAAAGUCAUGUUGUUUACAUAUUCAUUUUCAGUUACUGUGGAAACAACUUAUCUUUCCACAACAUCCACGAUUGAACAGAAACCAAAAGUAGACUCAAGAGAGUCACGCCCAUCUGUGGUUUACCUGCAGGUAUUGAACCCAAGAAGGGCGACGACGACGGGAAAUAUGUCUCCAUAAACAUUCGCAUGCAGCGGACCCAGGUUUGACUUCAGAUUCCUGAUUUACACUUCAGUACACUGGUCUAAAGUCUGAGUAUCUUCACAGAUGAACAGUAAAAACAGCUCCUCUGAGUCAGUCAUGAUUCAGCCUGAAUGAAAUGACCUAAACAGAUGUUUUCAGAGAGAAAAAGUGUCAGUCUCAGUGAGUUACAGCCUUUUAUAUGCGGUGAGUGAUACAGGCGACCACCAAAAGAAAGUUCACUGAAACCAAACCAACCCAAAGUUUCCUUCAGGCUUUCUUGGACCAAGUUUUUCACCCUAAAAGUCCCUCAGAGGUUCUUUACAGAGUUUGGAGGCAGCAGGACUGUUGUAUGAGACUGCAGCUCAUGAGAAUCUUCAUAAAGCCGCUCUGUGACCUUUGGUGUUUUUCCUCCUAUGCAGCACGGCGUCCUGUCCAAGGAGUUUGUGGAGCUGAUGGGUCACUGUAACACCAUCCAGGCCCAGUACAGAGACCGCAACGUGGAGAGGAUACAGAGGCAGCUGAAAAUCAGUGAGUGAACGGAAAAACACCCCAAACAUUUCCAAGAACACAGAAUAUUCUUCCCUUUUUGUGACUCUGAUGACUUCCUCUCCCUCUCUCUCUUCCUGUCUCUCUCUCUCUCUCUCUCUCUCUCUCUCUCUCUCUCUCUCUCUCACUGGAGGUUGGGUCAUCACGGGUUUCCCUCUGUCUCAUGAUAUUUGUCACAUGUCCUCGUCCGUCACUUUCUGCCACAUUCACUUCACUGUCAGACUUUCUGUUCUCUUCAAUUUGUGAUUUGAUCAGUUUUUUCAAACACACCACGAUCAGUAAUUCUUAAGUAAUCAGUAAUCCGCUCUGACACUCUUGGACUCACAGCUCUGAUUUUUACACUCAGAUUUAAGUGUUUCUGAAUUCAUUUAAAGUUCAGAGAAGAAUUUAAAAAUGAGCAAAUUUAGCAAAAUCUGAAGUUAAAGUAACAGGAACCACCUGCAGUGUCUAAACUCCACGACUGCACACAUCUUCUGUUUACAGUGUCGUCGUAUUUUUACCUCAGAUUUAUAAUAAAAAUGUUUUCUUGGUGCAGAAUCUUUAAGUACGAGAUCUCUGCAGUUAAAUUCUUGAACAGUGUUUGUUAUCAGCUCUGAUUUUUCCCUCGUUUAUGUCUUUAAAAGAUGUCAAAAAGAUUUAAAAUUGAUGAUUGAAAAGUGUUAAUUAACCCUGAAACGUCAUUCCUAGUGUUUCUGACAGUGUUUAUAAAAUCCACAGACCUCUGUGAGUCACAAACUUUAAAGAAAUAAUCAUACAAAGUGGAAAACUGCAGAAAAAAAAUCUUGAAAUUUUCCAAGACGUCUCCACUGCUGCGAUCAACCUGCUCGUUUCAGCUGCUUCCUGCUGCGUGUGAAUCAGUCAUGUUAUAUAAUAAUACGUCCCCUCACAGUCCCAUUACACCAGCGCUGAACCUGCUUAUUAAGUUAUUUUAGAUCGACUUGUUUUGACUCAGAGUCUCAGCCAGAACUCUUCUCUCUCUGUUUUCACUUUCCUCUCCAACUUUUUAAAAAUAGAUUUCAAAAUAUAAAAAAAGUGCCGCAAAUAAAAAUAACACUGAUCCCCUUUUCUCUCGUUCAGCUGGGUCUAACGUGACGGACGAGGAGCUGGACACGAUGCUGGAGAGCGGGCAGACGGAUGUUUUCACGCAGAACGUGAGUUUAUGAAGACGCAGAGGAAAACCACAACACAAACACACCUGCUGCUGCUGCUGCUGCGACACUUUCUCACAGCUGCAGGUGUUUCCCAGCAGACACGAGUUUGACUGAGUAAACAUCUCACUCAUAACCCGCUGACAGAUUCACUCUGUUGUGUCUUUUCUGAUGCUAAAACUGGACGACAGAGUUGGUAAGCGCUCGAUAAGGUCCCCUAGAGCACGUGGUUGUGUGUUUAGUUCUUAGAUUUGAGGUAGUCAUGAUGACCCAACUUUACACUCUUGUCUGUUUAUUUCAUUUCAUAUUUCAAAGGAGCCAUGCUCAAUAUUAAUCCAAUCGAUUCAGAUCCAAAAUGUCCCCAAAAAACUAAAAAAUCAAACUUGAUGGUUUUCAAAGUUUCUGCAGAAGAGAAUCAUUAAACCAGAGAUGUUUCCACCAACCAUCUUUGCUGACUUCUCUCAAAUCAUUCAAAUACUUCCUCAGAGCUGCAAACGGAGAACAAAACAGUCAUAAUCCUUCAUUUCGAACAUCUGUACUGUGAAUAUUUGGUGGUUUUGAAGCUCGUCCUUCACAGUAAAGUGAAAUUUUGUUGGUUUGUAGAUGAAAGAAAACACUUUUAUAGAGAAAACAGCUGAACGUUGAGAAAACAUGGACCAAGAAAUCAGAUAAAUUAUGUGAGUUUAGAAGAACGUUUUUGUGCAAAUACUGCAUUAGAAAAAUUAAAACAUCAGUAUUUGAUCCAGGAAUUUAACUUGACCAGAUCUAAACGUCCCUGCUGAGUUUGUUUGAGAUCGUUCGCUCCCGCUUCAGCCGAUCUAAACUGGUAUUUGUGCAGAUCCUGAUCGAUGCCAAAGCUACGAGGCAGGCUCUGAAUGAGAUCGAGUCCAGACACGACGAGAUCAUGAAGCUGGAGAGGAGCAUCAGAGACCUCCACGACAUGUUCCAGUACCUGGCCAUGGAGGUGGAGGCUCAGGUAAGAAUGAUUUCUAAACGGAGGUUCCUCUGGUCUGUUUGAAGGGUGAAGAUUUUCUGAUCAGGAUGUUUUUCCCUCCCCUCCUGCAGGGGGAGAUGGUCGACCGGAUUGAAAACAACAUCAACCAGUCGACGAACUACGUGGAGAAAGCGAAAGAAAACACGGAGAAGGCUGUGACGUAUCAGCAGAAAGCACGAAAGGUACAGAGCGUCACAAAAAUCGGAUCUGAAAAUCCCCGUUAGCACAUGACACGACUUUGAAAUCAGCUGAGACAAACACACACACACACACACACACACACACACACACGCUCAGCUGUACUGGUGAACACCUGUUUGACUUUCUCGCUCGUGUCUCCUCUCACACAGAAAAAGGUCUGGAUCGCCAUCUGUCUGGCCAUCCUCAUCCUCAUCCUAGUCAUCUCAUUGGUCACCACCUUCGGCUCCUAACACCAGGCAGCGUGAGUGGUCGUCUUUCCGGCUCUGCAGAAGCACAUUCUGGUUUCAUGUAAAUAAUCCAAGCCCACAGGAAGGAAGGAAGGAAGGAAGGACGGGUGGAUUCUGUCCGUCCGUCUCCUCGUCUCUCUGAGUCACAUUUCAGAUCCAUCACUCUCGUAACACGCUCCUGUUCAAACUACUUUUUUAUGUUUUAUUCCGGAGAGCAGAGAUUCGCUCUUUCCUCUCCCUCUAAAACAAACUAUGUGCCUGCAUUACCUCUCCUGUACAGAGGGUGAUGCUGCUGAUAUUCAGACCUCUCACCUCCCCCUCCGCCUCCCCUCAUGUUCUGGUGUGAAACCCACAGCCCAGGAUGAAUUUUGAACUGUUACAUCAGCGUCUCUCUCCCUCUUUAAAAAGGGAAUCAGAGGAGUAAAGUGGCCUUAAGCAGAGCACACCGCAGUAUUGAGAGCCGACCUGGUCGUACUGUACUCAGGAAAACUGUGCGCUGAAUCGUGUUACGUUGUUGUUUCAGGAUAAAUUUGAGAUGUAAACAACAACUGUAAUAAAGUGGAGAGUCCUUUUACAGGCGGUCUAAGUAAAUAGUGGAUUAAUUAAUAUAAUUGUACAUAACCUCUGAUUGUUUGUGGUUUUAAAACUUGAAACUGCCUUCAUGUAACAAGUGUAAAUACAGAUUUGUCUUUUUUUUGUGAAAUAGCAGCGCCCCCCACACAUUUUUUUUCUUUUUAUUUUACAAAAGGUGUCUGAACACUGCAAUAAGCCGCCCAAGGCCUUCUUUUAUUUGUGGCAGCGGUUUGUAUUUAUGAUUUGUUCUUUGUAAGCUGCUACAGGAAACGACACAUAAUGAAAUCUUUUCUUCGGCGCCGCGCCUCCUCCUCCUCGUCCUCCUCUUUUUUCGAGUGAGCCGCUGCAGAGGAGACGGUCAUGGUGUGCACUAACAUUGUCAAGAAGGGACGGAGUGCGUUUUUAAUCCUCGUUCGUGAAUCUUGUGUUUGAAUUCACGCAGCAGUGUUUCAGCUGAGGGUCCGCUCAGUGUCUCCUGAUAUUUACUCUCUCGUCACGAGCUGAUUUUUCUGAAACUGUUUGUCAAAUUCAAAGUUGUCACCACCUCACAGCACUGACAUUAAAACCUGAUAUUUUUUUAGAUUUAAAACAUUAUUUCAGUGUUCAAACUUUAUCCAACGAUCAGUAUCUGGUGAAGCUCCACAAAUUUGACAAACACGUUAAAUAAAAGUUAACUCCUUCCUGUCUCGUCUUCAUUCAUGACUCUUGUAAACAAAAGUUGUAAGAGGUGCAAAGCGUCGACUUUGCUGCUGUUGAAUUUUUCAUCACUCAUUUUAAUAUAGUUGUUUUUAAAAUAAAAAACUGCCAUGUUA